AUGGAGGGUGCAAACAGAAAUGCUGAUUCAAUGGAGAACACUUCAUCUUUCACUGAUAACAACAACAACAUUGUUCCGAAUGCUACUGAUGUUCCUGCAGAAGCUCCUGCAGGGUCGUCUUCAGAAUCAAGAAUUCAUGACUCUGUCGUGUCCAUACCAUUACCGCCUUCACAAUUUUACAGCGAAUUAAAUGUGUACUCAAACAUUCCUCCUUCAUGGCGGAACACUGGUAAUUAUAUUAGCGGCGUAAGACCUGCUCUAGGAUCGAGUAGUUCAAACCAGCUUGCUGAAACUUCGGAAAAUGAGGAAAGGCAUUCGAAAAGAAUAUGUUUAGAAAAUCGUGAGGGUGAAAGUUUUCAGCCUUCCAAUAAAGAAAAUGAUGUAAUUCCGACUAGUUCUUCCUCUUCUGCUGGAAUUGCUGCAUCUUUUCCUGCCGGUUCUUCCUCUUCUGCUGGAAAUGCUACGUCGUCUGCUGUGGAAAACCCGCCUCCAGAGGCAGCGAUUGAGUUUGGAGGAAGGGUCAUUCCAGCCACCCCGGUUCAGCUUUUUCCUGCCAGGAACCCUGAACCUCAACCAUCAGCUUCAUCCAGCGUUCCUCCAACACCUCAGGUUAUGGGUUUCACAACGUAUUUAAAUUCGUUCUCCCGGCAGUAUGCUGAAUGGGCUGAGUCGCAAAGGAAUUCUUUUCAACCUAGUCUUAUGUUAUUUCGUCGUGACAGCACAUCCACCUCAAGACAGAAUGAUGAUAAUGCUGAGGAUGGUGAUGGCGGUGGUGAUAAUAAUGAAGGUGAUUCAGAUGACACCUUUGACACUGAUACCGAUGAUGACGACAUCGAUUACGACGACAUUGAUGAUUUCUUAGGGGAAGAGGAAGAAGAGGCUGCUGCGCCUGGACUUACAGAAGAACAAAUUGUGAAUUCUAUGAAAAUUGAGAAGUACACGGCUAAUACUACGACUACAGAUAGUAGUUGCCCCAUUUGCUGGGAGGAUUACAAAGAGGGAGAAGUUAUCGCAAAACUUGAUUGCGCUCACGCUCAUAAGUUUCAUACUGGUUGCGUAAAGUCGUGGCUGAGAAAGCAUAACUCAUGCCCUCUUUGUAGAAUGAAGGGCCUUGUUCUAUGA